AGCCGUGCACUGACGUGGCCUUCAAAUUAUGAGGACUGCAUGGUGGUGCAGAAGAGGUUCAAGGACUUCACUGAGUCACUCUUCAUCAUGCUCAAGACCAAGUGGCUGGACGGGGCACCCGACAAGUCUGGGGACAAGAUCCCACUCCUCUACAACCUGUUUGAGAAGGAGGACUUCGUGGGACUGGACACAGACAGCAGUACGUUUUGGUUACUGAGACCCUCGAAUUCCCAUAUGAAUUGUAGCAGAAAGCAGUCAGUUUCUGCAGAGGAGCCCGCUGGGUUUGUGAUCGAGACCACGUUGAAUAUACGGAUCGCUCUGGGAGCACUGCCAUUCCAAGAGCACUGUCUUCUGAUCCAGGAAUAUGCGUGGUGUGUCUGUCCAAGUGCCCUCACCUCCAGUGGUAUCAAUCCGGACACCAGCACUGACACUGGCCGCUGA